AUGUCCGACUACGGCGACGACGGCGCCGGUGACUUUGGCGCUGGCGAAGAAUACGACGCCAACAUGCUCGAAGAAGACUACGAAGAAGUCGAAGACCUCGUAGACGACAACAACGACGAUGCCCCCGGCGGCACCGAAGACCCGGAAAACAAUGCCAACAUUGUCACAAGCGGCGACCCCAAUGCUGCCGCACGCGCAAACGCAAAUCUGGGAGUCAAGGGCUUGAAGGAGAAGAGGAUCGAUAAUGACAAGAGGACUACUACGCCGUACAUGACCAAGUAUGAGAGGGCUAGAGUUUUGGGAACGAGGGCGUUGCAGAUUAGCAUGAACGCACCUGUCCUGGUCGACGUUGAGGGCGAGACGGAUCCCCUGCAGAUCGCCAUCAAGGAGUUGCGCGAGAAGAAGAUUCCCCUGGUUGUGCGCAGAUACCUGCCUGAUGGUUGGUACGAGGACUGGACCUGUGAAGAGCUUCUGUGA